UUUUUUCAAAAUGGCGGGUUUGGGUUUCGCUCGAAGUCAACUCGAAAAACAAGGCUGGGCCGAAGGAAAAGGUCUGGGGAAAGAAGAGGAUGGUAUUAAAAAGGCUAUUAAAGUUGGCAUCAAAAACGACACUCAAGGAGUUGGUUAUAAAGUUAGUAAUCAGUUCACUUUUCAUUGGUGGGAUCAUGUUUUCAACAAAACCGCAAAGUCCAUAGUAGUCAAAGAAAAUGAGGAUGGUGUGCUUGUUACAAAAGAAGGGACCUCAAAUCAACCAAUCAGCAGCAAGAGACCUAACAAGCAUUCCCAGAAGCCUUUGCUCUAUGGACGGUUUGUUAAGGCAUCUUCAGCAACAACACCAGGAGAUGUGGAAAGUGAGUCAGACAAUACUGAUGAAGAGGCAGAGAAAGAUUUCUCAUCUAAACAUCCAGAGGACAUAGUGUUCAAAGCAUGUGGAGGAAGGACUGCUCACAAGGGUGCUCGACACGGGUUGAAACUGAACGGAAAACUGAAACGAAUUGAAGAACAAGAAAGAUUAGCCUUAUCAGCACCAUGUUCCAGAAGUGCCAGCCCAGAUGUUACCAAAGAGCAUGACAUAGAACAGAAGACCGCUGAACUCCUUGACCUACUGAAAUCCAAAAAGAAGAAAAGAAAAUCCAAAGACGACGACUUGAAAUCUUACAGCGAUAGUGAAGGAUGCGUGGUAAAGAAGAAGAAGAAACGAAAAAGAAAUCGGGAAGAAGACGUAAACGAUCUUGAACAUGAAGCGAGGGGAGCAGAAAAAUCCAAACAAAAUGAAAAAAAAAGGAUUGAUAAAGACUUGAUUAAACAUAACGAGGAACCGAAAAGCUGUAGCAACCGAGAGACGAUAAAAAAGAAGAAAAAAGAUAAGAAAAGAAAGAGUGAAAAUAAGAAGGACAAAACGGGAAAAAGGAAAAAGCUUGUGGACUCAAGUGAUGGAGAGUGUUCAGAAGUAAGUUUGGAUGAGUUAAAAGACGAGAAAACUCAAAGUAAUUACAAGAAAGACAAACGCAGAAGAGAAGUCCUCUGUCACAGAGAAUAAGGAGAGGAAAAAAGCAAAGAAAAGAAAAGCAAAAGAUAUAAUCGAAAAUGAAACAGAUAUCAGUAAAAAGGACAAUAAGGAAUUGAAUGAAAGUGAAGAAUCUUCUAUGAAGAAAAAGAAGAAAAAAUAAAUAUUAAAAAAAAAAUUGAGCUGUGGUAGAGUACAAACACUAA